GAGGCUCAGCCCACUUGGAGGAAAAAUCGACGACGCCCGCCGAGCUACGGCCACAAGCUCGCAACACCUCCGAGAAGCUCACGAGUUCCUCCUCCUCCAUCAUCGUCCUCUUGUUCCUCUUCUCGGUGGCGGAACACUUGCUGACCAAGCUUCAGUUGGCAGACGUCGUCCGCGCUGUGGUGAGCCACAGGAAGCCAAAAUGAAGAGUGGGCUGACUCUGGUCGCCGCCGCGCUUCUGGCGCUGGCGCUCUCCUCUUCAGCCCAGGCCCAAGUGGAGCCGCCGUCCGAUUUGACCUUUCACAUCGCCGACGAGCGGACGGUACGGAUGUCGUGGAAAAGGCCGAGCUCGCGCCUCGACGGCUACAGGAUCCACGUGACUUCUGAUGCAGGAGAAUUCGUACGAGAAUUUGCUCUGGCGCCGUCGGCCACGUCCACGUCCAUCUCGGAGCUCAGUCAAGACGUGGACUACACCGUUAGCGUCUUUGCCUACGCCGGAGCCCAAGAGAGUCUUCCCGUCUCGGGACUGAUUACCAUCGAGUCUGGAGGAGAAGCUUCCAGAAGACUGGACGCAGAUGCCGCAAAAUGUCCCGCGAGCGCCGUGGCGGACGUGGCCUUCCUGCUGGUCGGGUCCUGGGCCUCGGACGGCGCCGCCUUCAAAAACGUGCGCGGCCUGACGGCGGCCGUGGCCGGAGCCUUCCAGAUCGGCCCGGAGAAAACCCGCGUGGCCGUGCUCCAGUACGGUGGCGCCGCGCCCGCCGGCUUCCCGCUGGACCGGCACUUGAGCCGACCCGCCCUCAUGCGUGCCAUCGCGGCGCUGGACAUCCACCACGGCAACGGCAGGACAGGCGAGGCGCUGGACUACCUGCUGAGCAACACCUUGAGCGAGGCGGCGGGCUCGCGGACGUCCUUCCCCAAAGUGGCGCUCAUCCUCACCGACGACGGCGACUGGGACCAUUCCGCCGAACGUUCGGCCAGACGUCUGAAGAGCCAGGGCGUGGAGAUCUUUGUCGUCGGCAUCGGGCAGGCCGAUGAGGGUAAAAUGAGGGCGCUGGCGUCCACUCCCUACUGGAGUCACGUUUUCAACAUGGCCGCCUCGGACGACAUCCGCAAUCUUCAGAGGGACGUUGUCAGUCUGGUGUGCGCCGGGGUCGAAGAGCAGCUCAGCUCGCUCGUUAGCGGAGAAGAAGCAGUGGAGCCCGCCUCCAGGCUUGAGGUGGAGGAGGUGUCGUCCAAGACGAUGAAGCUGAGCUGGAGCGCCUCGCCCGACGACGUUUCCGGCUACAAGGUGCAGAUGAUCCCCUUGACGGUGGGAGGCAAGCGUCACGAGCUGUACGUGGGGAGCUCGCAGACCGCCGUGGCGGUCCGAGAUCUCAGCCCGGACACGGAGUACCAGAUCAACCUGUUUGCGCUGAAAGGCCUCACGCCCAGCGAGCCCGCCGUGCUCCUGCAGAGGACUCAGCCGGUCAAAGUGUCCGUGGAGUGUUCCCUGGGCGUGGACGUCCAAGCCGACGUGGUUCUCCUGGUGGACGGUUCCUACAGUAUCGGUCUGGCCAACUUUGCCAAAGUGCGGGCCUUCCUGGAGGUGCUGGUGAACACCUUCGACAUCGGGCCCAACAAGGUCCAGAUCAGCUUGGUCCAGUACAGCCGCGACCCGCACACCGAGUUCCUGCUCAACACUUACUCGGACCUGAGCGGGGUGCUGAAGGGCGUGCGCUCGUUCCCGUACCGAGGCGGCUCCACCAACACGGGCAAGGCCAUGACGUACGUGAGGGACAGGAUCUUCCAGCUCUCCAAAGGCGCCCGGCCCCACGUGCCGCGCGUCGCCAUCCUCAUCACGGACGGCAAGUCGUCGGACGCCUUCCAGCGGCCCGCCACCGAGCUGCGGGACGCCGACGUGGAGAUCUUUGCCGUGGGCGUGAAGGACGCCGUGCGCUCCGAGCUGGAGGCCAUCGCCAACUCGCCGGCCCAGACGCACGUGUACACCGUGGAGGACUUUGACGCCUUCCAGAGAAUCUCCAAGGAGCUCACGCAGUCCAUCUGCCUGAGGAUCGAGCAAGAGCUUCGCAACAUCCAGAAGAAACGUCUGGUCCAGCCCAGAGACCUGUCCUUUUCCGAGGUGACUUCCAGAAGCUUCCGGACCUCGUGGCAGAUGGACGCCACCGACGUGGAGUCCUUCCUGCUCCAGUUUCGACCCGCCGAGGUUCCCGACGGCCAUUUGGUGUCCAUGUCCAUCCCCGGGGACACGCUGACUACCGUCCUGCCUUACCUCACCCCGCUGACCCGCUACCAAGUCAACGUUUCGGCGCAGUACGACCGAGGCGACAGUUUGCCCCUGGUCGGCUACGAGACCACCUUGGAGGAACAAAGUACGGUUCGCAACGUGAGAGUGUCCCAAGAGACCACGGACAGCUUCCGGGUGUCCUGGCAGCCGGCGCGAGGAGCCGUGCUCCGCUACCGCUUGACCUUCCUACCGCUCGGCCAAGAAGGCGCCGCGCAGGAGGCCAGCACGGUCGGCGACGAGCCCACCCUCGUGCUGCGGGGGCUUCGGCCGAAGACCACCUACCUGGUCGAGGUCAACGCCGAGUACCGAUCCGGUUCCGGACCGGCACUGCAGACGCAAGGAACCACCAAAGAAGAAGCGGGCCCUCCUCAAAACCUGAUCACCCGAGACGUGACCGAGCGCAGUUUCACGGCGCGCUGGACGGCGUCCCCCGGCAACGUCAGGAUGUACCGCGUCAAGUGGCAGUCGGCGUAUUCCCAAGAGUCCGGAGAGAAAAUGCUCCCAGGGGACCAAACGGACACGCUCUUGGACGGCCUGAGCCCCGAGACGCUCUACCAGGUCUCGGUGGUCGCCGUUUACGACCGCACGGAAAGCGAGCAGCUCACCGGAUAUGAAACCACCGACGUGUCGGCGGAGGCGCGGCGGCUGCGCGUGAGUGACGAGACCGAGCGCACCAUGAAAGUGACGUGGGAGGCGGCGCCGGGCAAAGUUCUGCACUACCGGCUGAAAUACGUCCCCGCCGGCGGCGGCCGGGAGGUGGCCCUCAAGGUCCCCGCGGGGGUCACCUCCAGCGUCCUGAAGAGGCUGCAACCUCUCACCUCCUACCGCGUCUCCGUCCAUCCCAUCUACAAACGCGGGGAAGGAAAAGCAAGGCAAGGCGUAGGAAGCACAUUGUCGCCUUACAAGGCUCCGAGGAACCUCCAGACCUCAGAGCCCACCAGGACCAGUUUCAGGGUGUCGUGGGAUCCGGCGCCCGGGGAGGUUCGGGGCUACAAGGUGACCUUCCACCCCGCGGGGGACGAUAUCAACCUGGACGAGCUGCGGGUGGGCCCCUUCGACAACACGGUGGUUCUGGAGGAGCUCAGGGCCGGAACCAAAUAUUCCGUGGCCGUCUUUGGGAUGUUCGACGGAGGCGAGAGCUCGCCCCUGGCGGGCGAGGAGAAGACCACGCUGUCCGACGCUCCCGAGCCGCCUCCGUUGGGUCCCUCUGACGCCCAGUGCAAGACCUCCGCCAAGGCCGACAUCGUGCUGCUGGUGGACGGCUCCUGGAGCAUCGGCCGCAUGAACUUCAAAACCAUUCGCAACUUCAUCAGCCGCAUGGUCGGCGUCUUCGACAUCGGCCCGGAUAAAAUCCAGAUCGGUCUGGCUCAGUACAGCGGCGACCCCAAGACCGAGUGGCACCUGAACGCCCACGCCACCAAAGCCUCCCUGCUGAACGCCAUCGCCAACCUGCCCUACAAAGGAGGCAACACCAUGACAGGCAUGGCGCUGAGUUACAUCCUGCAGAACAAUUUCAAAGCCAACGUGGGGAUGCGAGAUGAGGCGCGCAAGAUCGGCAUCCUCAUCACCGACGGAAAGUCUCAGGACGAAAUCGUAUUCAACUCGCAGAACCUGAGGGACAGCGGCAUCGAGCUGUUCGCCAUCGGUGUGAAGAACGCGGACGAGAACGAGCUGCGCUCCAUCGCCUCCGACCCGGACGAGAUUCACAUGUACAACGUCAACGACUUCAAGUUCCUGCUGGACAUUGUGGACGACCUCAGCGUCAACCUGUGCAACAGCGUCAAGGGCUCAGGCGAACCGCUGCAGGCGCCCAGCGACCUGACCACCUCCGAGGUCACCCACCGCUCCUUCCGGGCUAGCUGGACCGCGCCGCAAACGCCCGUGGAGAGGUUCCGCCUGGUCUACGUCCGGGCGGACGGCGAAGGACCCGCCCGCGAGAUGCUGCUGGACGGCUCGGUGACGUCGACGGUGUUGGACGAUCUGAGCCCGCUGACGCAAUACGCGCUGAGCGUCUACUCGCUGCUGGGCGACGAGGCCAGCGAGCCGCUCGUGGGCCGCGAGACCACCUUGCCGCUGCCGGCCGUCUCGUCCAUCAACGUCUACGACGAGACCCUGAGCUCCAUGAGGGUCCGCUGGCGGCCGGUCGACGGAGCCAGCGGCUACAUCGUGCUCUACCGAUCCAUCAACGGCAGCGAGCCUCAGCUGGACAAAGAGGUGCGCGUGCGAGCCGACGUGAGCGACAUUCAGUUGGCGCGGCUGCUCCCCAACACGGCGUAUUCCAUCUCCGUCUUGGCUCAGUACGGGGAAGCCAUCAGCCAGCCCAUGAAGUCCGUGGGAGUCACGUUGGCCAUGCCGCCCGCCGGCGCCCUGAGAAUCAGCGGCGUGACUCACAGCAGGAUGAGGCUCAACUGGGACGCGGCGCCCGGCCUGGUGCGCAAGUACAUCAUCACCUACAAGCCCGAGGGCGCCGAGGCCAAAGAGAUGGAAGUCCUCGGCGAUGUCACCAGUCUGGACGUGCCGGGGCUCACCUCCCAGACGGAAUACGACGUGGCCGUGACCCCCGUGUACGACGAGGGUCCCGGGAACCCCAUGCUCGGGAUGGCGGUCACAGAUGUAGUUCCCGCUCCCAAAAAUCUCAGGUUCUCCAACGUAGACCUGACCUCCUUCAGGGCCACGUGGGAGCACGCGGCGCCCGAUGUGUUGCUCUACCGCAUCGGCUGGGCCAAGAAAGGAGACGGCGACUUCCAGUCUUCCAUCUUGGGCAACGAUCAGACAUCGCAUCUUCUGGAGGGCUUGGACCCGGACACCGAGUACACGGUCACCGUCACGGCCAUCUACCCGGAUGAGUCCGAAAGCGAAGACCUGAUGGGAAACCAGCGCACGUUGCGACCGGAGCCUCCUCGCAACAUGAGAGUUUACAACGCCACCGUCAGCACGCUGGCCGUCAAGUGGGACCCGGCCCCGGGACCCGUGCAGAACUACAAGAUUCGUUACGCGCCGCUGGCCGGGGGCGAGCCGAUCGUGACGCAGGUGGGAGGCAAGAAGACCAGCACGGUCCUGCAGAAGCUGACUCCCGACACGCCGUACCGGGUCACCAUGACCGCCGUCUACGCCACCGGCCCCAGCAGAGACGUUUCGGCCGAUGGAAGAACCAAGCCUCUGGGCGGCGUGAGGAACCUUCAGGUGCUCAACCCCACCAUGACCACGCUGAACGUGCGCUGGGAGCCCGCCGAGGGCCGCGUCAAGGAGUACAAGCUGGUCUACGCUCCUGCCGCCGGAGGGGCCGAGAGCAUGGAGCAAGUGUCAGCCGGCACCAGCAGCACCACCCUGAGGGGCCUGCAGCCCGACACCGUCUACACCGUCUCCCUGCUGCCCGUCUACGCCGAGGGCGACGGCAAGACCAUUUCACAAAACGGACGGACGAGGCCCCUGGGCGGCGUGAAGAACCUGCGUGUGACCGACCCCACCAUGACCUCGCUCAACGUCAAGUGGGACCCGGCCGACGGAGCCGUGCGCUUGUACAAAGUGUUCUUCUCGCCCGUCGCCGGCGGGCGAGAGGAGAUGGAGCAAGUUCCCGCCACCACCACCGACAUCAUCCUCAGGAACCUCGCGCCCGACACCGCCUACUCCGUGUCCGUGUUGCCCGUGUACCCGGCCAGGGAGGGAAAGCGACAGACCGAGAGCGGAAAGACUCUCCCUUUGGGCGGCGUGGGCACCAUGCAGGUGACCAACCCGACCAUCACCACGCUGAAGGUCUCCUGGAACCCCGCCGAUGGGAACGUUCAGGGCUACAAAGUCAUCUACGUGCCGGAAGAUGGCGGCCUGGAGAUUGUGGAGCAGGUAUCUGAGAGCACCACCGGCACCGUCCUGGAGAAGCUCCUCCCCGACACCCGCUACACCGUCACCGUGGUGCCCGUCUACGCCGAGGGCGACGGGCCCAGUCUGACCAACAGUGGAAAGACCAAGCCGCUGGGCAAGGUGAGGAACCUUCAGGUGUCCGAUCCCACCAGCAGCAGCCUCAACGUGCGCUGGGAGCCGGCAGAGGGCAACGUGCGCGAGUACAUCGUCAUCUGGGUGCCGACUGCGGGCGGAGACCAGGAUGUGGACCAGGUGUCGGGAUCCACCACCUCGACGGUGCUGAAGAACCUGCAGUCGGACACCGAGUACAGUGUGACCGUGGUGCCCGUCUACCACGAGAUGGAGGGAUUGCCGCAGACCGAAAACGGGAAGACCAAUCCGGUGGGUGGGGUGAAGAACUUGCGGGUGGUGGACCCGACCGUCAACACGUUGACGGUGCGCUGGGACCCGGCGGUGGGCAACGUGCGCAGCUACAGGGUCACGUACUCGGCGGAAAACGACGGAGAACGGCGCACGGAGGACGUGUCGGGCGGCACCACCAGCCUGGUCCUGAGAAACCUGGACACGGACACGGUGUACAACGUGGCCGUGGUGCCCGUCUACCCCGACGUGGAAGGCGUCGUGCAGGCCGACAAGGGCAAGACCAAACCUCUGGGUGGCGUGAAGAACCUCCGCGUGAGCGACCCCACCACCAACUCGCUGCGAGUGCGCUGGGACGCGGCCGAGGGCGACGUGCGCCACUACAGGAUCAGCUACCAGCCCGUCGCCGGAGGAGACCAGCUCAUGACUCAGGAAUCGGGCAUGGCGACCAAUACGAUGCUGAGGGAUCUGCAGCCCGACACGGAGUACGCGGUGACGGUGGUGCCCGUCUACGCCGACGUGGAGGGAAAAAGCAUGUCGGACAACGGCAAGACCAAGGCGCUGGGCGGAGUCAAGAACCUGCAGGUGACCGAGCCCACCACCAGCUCACUCAAGGUCACCUGGGAGCCGGCCGAGGGAAACGUGCGGCAGUAUCGACUCUUCUACGUGCCCGCAGCCGGCGGCGCGGAGGACAUGGAGCAGGUAUCGGGGGGAACCACCAACACCGUCCUGAGGAACCUCCUCUCGGACACGCCCUACACCGUCACUGUGGUGCCCGUGUACCCGGAGGGCGAGGGUCUGCGCCAGUCUGAGUUUGGAAAAACCCUUCCUCGCACGCCCCCGCGCGACCUUCGGGUGUUCAACCCCACCCCCAGCAGCCUCAACGUGCGCUGGGAGCCGGCCACGGGCCAGGUGCAGCAGUACCGGGUGGAGUACGUCCCCUGGAACUCCGCCUCGCCGCCCCAGUCGGUGCUGGUUCCCGGCAAUGUCAACAACGCCUUCCUGGACGGCUUGAUCCAGGACACGCCCUACCGGGUCACCGUGGUCGCCAUGUACCCCGACGGAGAGGGACUGUCGCUCAAGAGCAACGGCAAAACAUUGCCGCGCGCCGGACCUCGCAACAUGCGAGUGUUUGAAGCCACCACCAACUCUCUCACCGUCGGGUGGGACCACGCCGAGGGUCCCGUGAGGCAGUACCGCAUCGCCUACGCCCCCAUGACGGGGGACCCCAUCACCCAAUAUGCGAUGGUUUCGGGCAACAGAAACAACGCCCGUCUGCAGAACCUGCGAGCCGACACCCCUUACAACAUCACGGUGGAGGCCAUCUACGCCGAAGGCCCCGGGGGACUCCUCAACGGCAACGGACGCACAAUCGGCCUGCUGAGCCCGAGGAACCUGCGCGUGUCCGACGAGUGGUACACGCGAUUCCGAGUGGCCUGGGACCCCGUGGCGGCGCCGGUGGAAGGAUACAGAGUCAUAUACUCGCCCAGAGGCUCCGACCAGGUCACCGACGUUUUUGUGGGCGACGUGACGGCCUACACGCCGCACAACCUCAAGCCCGGAACCACCUACGACGUGCAAGUCUUGGCGCAAUACACCGGCGGCCCCAGCGCACCUCUGGCCGGCCCGGGAACCACGCUGUUCCUGAACGUGAGCAACAUCCAAACGUACGACAUCGCUCACGACAAGUUCUGCAUCAAGUGGACACCUCACCGAGCGGCCACGUCCUACCGCAUCCGCCUCAACCCGUUGGACCCGUCGAGCAGAGGUCAGCAGGAGGUCACCAUCCCCGCCGGUCUGCCGCAGUACUGCUUCGACGGACUUUCCCCCGACGCCCCUUACGUCGCCGCCGUCUACGUCCAGACGCCCAACCUGGAGGGACCCGGCGUCAGCGCCAAGGAGCGAACCCUGGUCAAGCCGACUCCCGCGCCCACGCUCCCGCCCACUCCCAGUCCGCCGCCCACCAUCCCCCCGUCCUGGGCAGUUUGCAAAGGGGCCAAAGCGGACGUUCUGUUUCUCAUCGACGGCUCGUGGAGCAUCGGCGAGGAGAGCUUCGUCAAAGUGGCGCAUUUCGUCUCCGACAUGAUCGCCGCCUUUGACGUCGUCGGGCCCGCCGGGAUGCAGGUGUCCUUCGUGCAGUACAGCGACGACGCCAAGACCGAGUUCAAGUUCAACUCGUAUCAAGACAAAGGCGUCGCCAUGGCGGCGCCGCAUCACAUCCGCUACAAAGGCGGAAAUACCAAAACGGGCGUGGCGCUGAAGCACACCUACGAGAGAGCCUUCACGGUGGAGAACGGCAUGAGAAGGAACGUCCCCAAGGUGGUGGUGGUCAUCACGGACGGACGCUCGCAGGACGAAGUGAGGAAGAACGCGGCCAGGUUGCAACACGCAGGCUACACGGUCUUCGCCGUGGGCGUGGCCGACGUGGACUUUGUGGAGCUGCAGGAGAUCAGCAGCAAGCCCAGCGAGAGGCACGUCUUCGUGGUGGACGACUUCGACCACUUUGACACCAUCAAGGAGAACCUGAUCAGCUUCAUCUGCGAAACGGCCACGUCCAGCUGCCCGCUCAUCUUUGUCAACGGCUUCACGUCUCCCGGCUUCAGGAUGCUGGAAGCCUUCAACCUGACGGAGAAGUCGUACGCUCGGGUGAGGGGCGUGUCCAUGGAGCCGGGCUCCUUCAACAGCUUCACCGCCUACCGACUGCACCCCAACGCCUUCCUCACCGCACCCAGCGCCGAGGUGCACCCGGAGGGUCUCCCUUCGGCCUACACCAUCAUCCUCAUGCUGCGCCUCCUGCCCGACACGCCGGCCGACGCCUUCGACGUGUGGCGGGUGUCCUCCGCCGACCACCAGCCCGAGACCGGCGUCACCGUUGACCCCUCCCGGCAGAGCGUCUCCUUCUACAACAAGGACGAGCGCGGGCAGAUCCAGCGGGUGACCUUUGACGAGCCCGAAGUCAAGCGGCUCUUCCACGGAAGCUUCCACAAGCUGCACAUCCUGGUGUCGUCCACUGGCGUCCAACUCAACGUGGACUGCCAACACGUAGCCCAGAAGAGCAUCAAAGCGGCCGGGAACACGUCCAGAGACGGAUACCAAGUCCUGGGGAAAAUGGCCAAGUCCGUCGGCUACGGGGGGGACUCGGCAACCUUCCAGCUCCAGAUGUUCGACAUUGUCUGCAGCGUGGCCUGGACCAGCCGAGACCGCUGCUGCGACCUGCCCGCUCUGAGAGACGAGAGCAAAUGUCCUUCGCUGCCCAACGCCUGCAAGUGCACCACUUCGGCCACCGGAGCGCAGGGACCGCAGGGACCGGUGGGUGCCCCCGGCAAAAAAGGACCACGAGGUGAAAGAGGAGAGCUCGGUGCGCCUGGGCCAGUGGGCCCUCGGGGCGACCCGGGAGCGUCUGGACCCAUGGGCCUGCCCGGUCCGCAAGGACCCAGCGGACGCUCCAUCCCGGGAGAGGUUGGUCGGCCCGGACCUAAGGGAGAACCCGGAGACUCUGGUCUACCCGGACUCAAAGGCUCACCGGGACCCCGCGGCCCCAGCGGCCCCAUCGGACCCGCCGGAGUGAGGGGCCCUCAAGGAAAGGACGGCAUGUCGGGACCGCGAGGACCCGCCGGGCCCAUGGGACCCGCGGGGUCACCCGGAGCGCCCGGUCCUGAAGGAAAACCCGGCAACACGGGUCCCAAUGGAGCUCCUGGUUCGGUGGGACCAAAAGGAGACAAGGGCGAGCGCGGAGACUUUGCUCCGCAGAACAUGAUGCGCUCCAUCGCCAGGCAGGUGUGCGAGCAGCUGGUCAACGCCCAGAUGAACCGCGUCAACGGCCUGCUGAACCAGAUCCCCAGCGGCAUUCAACGCGGCAACAACCCGGGGCCCCCGGGACCCGCCGGACCCCCCGGCAUGCCGGGACCGCGCGGCGAGCUGGGCCCCACCGGAAGGAAUGGCUUCCCCGGGAACCCGGGACUGCCCGGACAGGCCGGCGAGACGGGUCCGCCCGGACAGAAGGGCGAGCAAGGCGUGGCGGGAGUCGGACAGAAGGGCGUUCGAGGACCGCCGGGUCCACCGGGAGAGAGCAGAACGGGGCCCCCCGGGCCGACGGGUUCCACGGGACCUCGCGGCCCUCCCGGGCGUCCCGGUCACGCCGGUGCGCGCGGCUCGCCCGGGGCGGCCGGCUACUGCGAUUCGUCCCAGUGCGCCGGUAUUCCUUACAACGGUCACGGAUACCCAGGUUCCGCGUAGUUUUUCUUUGCCGCCUGCGCCGCUUUCAUGACUUCCCGAAACGCUCGAGACGUUUGAGGGAAGCGCUAACAAACUUUGCUGCACCGACGACAACAUCAACAACAACAACAACAACGAACAGGAACUAACCAACAGCAAACAUGGGUGGCGGCCAUUUUGUGGCCCCUUUGCAUCGUGCCGGCAAACGACCACGAGGAGCAUGACGACGACAGCGACAACCAGAACAUACUAACAACAUGGAGAUGAACUCUUGAUGCUUUGUUGCCCAGCAACCCUCAACCUGCUGCUUGCCGAUGCCAACAACAAACCUCGUCUUUAUUUCUAAUUGGUCAUACAGUGAAGCCGCGCCGUCACCUUCGUGGAUUACAAUUCCGAUCUUGACCGUUCAAGACCUCUCGUCAGAGAUGAGCCUCAGCCACAAACUGCAUGCGCGGAAAUCAAUCGAUGAAUCGGUCAUCGCGUUUGAUUCAUUGUUUAGAGGUCUCGUUGAAAUCCUCCAAAUUUCGGACUCUCGCGUGUACAUUUAAGAGCAGACUAAUUACUACUUUCCUACUCGCCUUCAGGCCUCAAAGUUACACGGAUAGGCAAACCGACACGCAAAGUGUAAACGACUUUUCGCUCAUCUGCAAGCAGCCGAUCAACCGUUCAUGUCCACGCCGCCACUUUUCCCCGCGUCAUCUUGAGAGGUUUACCACCUUGCUUUUAUCCGGCGGAAUCUCGCCCUGUCCGACCUCCACGUGACCUCUUCACGUGAAGCCGUUCGCUGUCAACACGGCUAUCGGCUGGCUUCACUGUAUUGGAUAACAUGAUAACGAUGACGCAUGUGUGACAUGCUGCAAGAGUUGACCCAAGUUCCUCAAGGUUCCCGCCAGAGGUUCGCGUACGCGUUUGUGUCGCGCUUUUCACUAGCAGAAAACCAACGAAAAAAGCUGCCGCGGUGCAAAGUGCUGAACCAACGUAAGAACGAAUGAAUGUUGACUAACGCUUUACAUGCAAACCAGCUGCCCUUGCCCCGCCCACCCCCUUUAGCCCCACCUCCCCCCACCUACUAACGCUAGCCUCAAACCAGAAGUCGUGCGCCUUGUUGCCAUGACGACAACUACAACAGGAAAUGCUCUGUGAGCAGGCCGCUCCCCAUCGACGUCCGACAGCGAGCCGGUGGCCCUGCCGCUCGAUGAAGACCAACCGGCCGAGAGGCGACGCCGGAAGCGCUCGCUAGCUGCCAACGUCGCAUCCUAGACGUCCGCCAUCUUCUUCGUCGUUUGUUGUGAUGACGAAACACCUUGACAACUUUAGCGUGUGUGUGUCUGUGUGUGUGUGUGUGUGUGUGUGUGCGCGCGUGUGCUUGCGUGUGUCAACAUUUGUAACAUACUUGCUAUGUUUUUUUGUAUCAUCCGCCGUGCGCAGCAGCAGCAGCAAAAGGCCUUUUGCUAACUUACGCUAACUCACUAUUUAUCAGCGCUCCUUAUUAGCCACUUCCUGUAAAUCUUAUGUAGCCACGCCCUUCAUUUGCAUGUCUGAUGUUUAUUUUGUUUCAGAUUGUCAAUCAAAAGGACAACUUUUUUAUUUAUUUCUCACACAAAGGGAAAAAAAGCUUUUUUUUUCAAUAAAACCACUGAAAACAA